GUUUUGGUCGUGAGUAAUGGAACCAAUUUAAGCAGCAUGAGAAAAUCGCCUCUAAACCUCCGUUAUUCACCGCGAUUUUGAGUUUGGCAAAUAGAACUAGUCGCUGCGAGACUUGAGGCAUCGAGGAGGAAAGAUGGUUUUAAGUACGUGACCACAUGACGAUGUACCACAUGGCUAUGCCUCCCCACAUGGGGGGUCCCCAUCCCCCCCCUGUUCAUUCCCCCUUAUUUCCUUCCCCAAUCCUCCCUCCUCCCAUGCCUCACAGUUAUGCAGUUCACUCCUUCCCUCAGACCCACGUGCCUCACCCCUCCCCCUCCGCCCACUCCUCCCACUCCUCGCACCAGAGUCACCUCACCCACUCGGCUGCGGCAGCGGUGGGGGCGGCCAGCGUGUCCAUCGCCGUGGGCUCGGGAAACUCUGCCCUGCUCUCCCAUCCUUCCCCAAUGCUCUCGCAGCCUUCGCCCAUCUACCCCCCACAAACCUCAGUGUAUGUCAACCCCUACCUGCCCCCUCAGCUGCCUCACUCCCAUGCCCACUCCCACCCCCAACACCAGCAUCAGCACCAGCACCAGCACCAGCACCCCUCCAACAUGGGGUAUGGUAUACCCCCUGCCAUGGGGGGAGGUUUGCCCCCGGGGAUAAUGCCCCCACAACAGUCCAACAGCCAGGCAGCUGCCCCGUCCCUGAGCUCCGGGCCAGUCAUGUCGGUGGAUGAGGAACUUCUGGAGGAGAUGAACACCCUCCACCUGGGCUACAUAGAGACUGAAGACUCACCACACAAGCUGGAGCAGAGGGAGAAACUAGAACGUGAGAUCAUGGAAUACCUAGCCAUCACACCGCACUCCCACAAGUUCAUGUUUCGCCAAAUCUCCGAAGCGCUGGAAAUGAGCAUCAAUUCCUGCAGUGACUUCAAUGCCUACAAUGCUGCGUGUGCUUUUGAUGCCCUGGCUCAGUAUGCCGCCAACCUCAUCACACAGCCCUGGAGGAGAGAGUUCAAGGAGAUUAAGCUGUACAGUGGGUUCUGGGUGCACCAGGUGGCUCACCACUUGGCCGGUGCUGAAGGCAUCCUCUCCUUGAUGGGUUAUGCCCCCCAGGCCAGCCCCCCGCCAGGCUCCUCUGCUUACAGGGACCCUUCCUGCCUGGUCCUAGAGGGUGUGCUGGAUCCAGACCUCAUUUCCAGGCUUGCUCUUGACUGUCUGAUUGCAUACUGUGAAUGCCAGGUGCUCAAGAAGAUCAGUGAAGGUGUGCGAGAGUUUGGCCUGUCUUGGCGGCAGAUCCUGCAGUUCCGCCAGCAGUACGUGGGGGGUGUGGACGUCACGGUGCGGCACCUCCUCUUCACCCUCCGGCAGCGGCUGCAGCCCCAGAGCCAGGCCGAGUCCAGCCACAAGCAGGCCACACCCUCUUCAGGACCCCCGCUGCCCGUCCGCCAAUCCUCCAUGAGUGGCCCCUCCUCCUCCCCGGUGUCCUCCCACCAGCCGCCCCCACCCCCGCACCAGACCCAGGAGAAGAAUGUGGCAGCAGCAGAGCAAAUGAUGGAGCAGCAGCAGAGAACAAACACCACCGGCAUCAGCAGCAGAAGCAGCAGUUUGGAGCAGCGGGUUCUAGGAGGGAGUGGAGGAGGGGGAGGAGCAGGAGGUGGUGGUGGUGGGGGUGGAAGCUAUCACCAUCAGGGUGUUCACCACAUUCACCACCACCCAAGUAACCAGGCAUCACAAGCUGCCACCACCACAGCAGGAGGAGUGACAGUCAAUGCAGUGUCUGGACCUCCUCACUCCUACUCACGCAGCGCUGACACGCCAGACACAGCAAAAAGUAUAAGUAGUUUGGGUAUGCUGCCCCCAACAAGCCAAGUCCCCACCGCUAAACUAAUCGACCUGGACUCCUCUCUUGAAGCUCUGCCAUCAAGAACCUCUUUACAGCUUCUUCCAAAGGUCUUGCCACACAAAAGAACAAAAUCAGGUGGAAGCAACCGCAUCCUGCCCCCACUGGAGAACUCUGAAUCCUGUCCCCCCCCUCCCCCGCCACCCGAGGUGUUCCAGGCGGGCACCCUGGACGAGCACCUGGAGGCAACCCUGUCCAUUGUCAAGGACCCUAAUAGGAACUCAGUUGUGCAUGCCACGUCUAACGAUCAGGGCGCCACCUCCUGGGAGACCUGGGACUUUGUGUACCGGGGCCUGGAGAACGGCUACAACAAGGACAUAGGUGACCGCGGUGACAUCCUGCACCAAAUAACGCGGCAGAACCUUCAUGUGGAGGCUGCGGCACCCCAAGGUAAGAGUGUUCCCCUCAAUAAUAAGAAGGAGGUGGGAAAAAGCAAGCCACUUAAUAUCAAUCAGGCACUGCAGGCCCUCACUCUCAGUGAAACCAGGGAGAGGAUGGAAAGGCCGUCCCCCUCCUCCAAGAGUUCACACUCUGCCUCUCAUGGUCUUGCCCCUGAUGUCUUCCCGGGCCUCACCAAGAGGAACAGCCUGUAUGACAACCUCUCCACAGGCUUUGAGACGGCACCACAAGACAGCGACGAUUACGAGGAGCAGCGGCCAGUCCUCAAGAAGACCAGCAACCUGGCACGGGUGGACAACAGGUUAGACGUCAGCAACAAGAACAACACCAGCAGCUCCUCUUCACCCCGUAGUCUCAGUCUGAGCAGCAAAGGUUCCCACACCAGGCAGGAGUUGCCUUCGGAGGUCAGCCGUUCUGCUGCCACUGCAGUGCAACAGGGAAGUGGUGGUAUUGCCAUAACUGAUGCUCCUACGCCAUGCCGGGACAUCCAGCUGCCCAAAGAGAGCUUCAUGCCGCAAGUGCCCUGGUCCUGCACCACCUGCACCUUCCUAAAUGAUAAAGGACGCAACGUCUGUGACAUGUGUGGGAAGUCGCGCACGCCGGGGCCAGAGGCUCGGCCCCUCAUUUCUGGUGGCCGGCAGUGCCCUCAGUGCACCCUUAUAAAUGAGAGGGAGGCCAUGGCCUGCUCGGCCUGUGGGGUACUUCUGGAGGGUUCUUCCACUUAUAUUUAGGAGAGAAGUAAGUUGUGAAUGAAAAGAAUUUUUCUGUGAAUGCCAAAGCAAUCAUAUAGUUUCCAAUAAACUCUUGGUGUGUUGAGUAAACAUUUAAUGUUAUGAAAAUUACUAGUGAGACCUCCCCUCUCUCUGUAUCCUACAGUGAUAUCUUUGUUUUUUAUUUGCCCUUGUGUUGCAGUCCUCCAUUAUUUCUGGCAUAUGGCCCUCCCCUUCCCUUGGUCCUAAUCCUUGUUAUAGCAGGUGUUUACAGCAGCCAGCCAGCCAGCCAGUCAGUCAGUCAGCCAGCCAGCCAGCCAGCUAGGCAGCCAGUCAGCCAGCCAGUCAAUCAGUCAGUCAGUCAGUCAGUCAGUCAGCACCACCACCACCACAAGGCUCACUUAGAUACAGACCCACAACCCAGAAAGAGUUACCACGAGUGCAUCCAGGAGAAUGGCUCAGGUCUUUCAGGCAUUCCUUUCACUUGACUUCAUUUCAUAACAUCUUUCACAAAAUUGGGGAUGAGUUGUGUUUUGUUGGCACUGUGCUUCAUGUCUCCAUUACUGAAAAGUUUUGGUGUAUCUGCCUUUGAGUUUACUUUCAUGGGAAAAUUAUAAGAAAUCACCAGUUUGUCCUUAAUGAUAGAGUACAAAACAGGCCACAGUGGAGGAAAAAGGAUUUAGUUAGUUGAUGGAGUAUUUGAUUCAGAUGUAAGGAAUCCUCAACAAAGGCUCACUGUGAGGGCAUUUGAUUACCUAGGUUGGAAUUCUUCAGUGGACAAUAGGUGUCCAGCUUUAGUGUUACAUUGAUGGCAGCACGGGUAUAAAUUUAAUAGAUGUGCUUGGUUUCUUUUUGUCAAUCGUCAUGGUAAAUAUUGAAGUACACGAUUUUAGUUGGCAUCACACGGCUGAUAAAAUAGAUACGCGUGAGAUUCAGAUACACAAGUGCCACUCUUGACAAGCCAGCUUUAAUGUAUGAAUAUCUAUUUUUAAUAUACAAGCAUAUCUCAACUCAAGAAAAGAGUGUUGGAUAUAUUUUCACAAAAUUGUUAGAAAAUCAUUGUAGGUAGUAUGUAUUUCAGAAGGUGUUUUCAGUUCAGUACUAUAGUUUUGGCCUUAAUGAAAUAAUAUAAAUGCUUUGCCAGUGCUAAAAGUGUUAACAAUAGUAUUAUUCAGUGACUUGGAAUUGAGCCUAGUAUUUCUUCGCCUCAUAAUGCAAUGAGCACAGAUAGACAGUAUUAUAUUAGAUUCAAAGGCAGUUACUUAGAGUCAAAAUUGCACUAGAACUUUGACUUACAUUUCAUCUUCAUGAUCUUUAAUUACUGGAGCCAGUAACUUAUGUCCUGUGGAUGUAGGUAACAGAAUAACUACUGUAGCAGAAGUAGAAUAUAUAGUUGAAGGAUCACAAAACAAUCAUUUUAUUGUAUUACUUGGGAUGAUUUAAAGGACUUGUCCCACAGCACUAGCCUGAAAUAACAGCAUUUAGUUGAUACAGGAGCUUUGCAAGUAACAUACAAUAAGUAACAUUGGGAUCACAUAAAGAUAAGCUGCCCCUGUUGUUUUUAGGGUGAGCUUGGAUAGAUUAGAUUAGGUUAUCAAAUCUCAUCUGAUCCACCCUUACCUUAUCCUAAAAAGUGAUACCUGAUCUUCAUGUGAUCCGUAAGAUAACAUUGACUAUGCUUUUGAAGAGAAAGUGUGUUCUCAUUAAGAAUAUGUAAAAAUAGAACCUGUGUGAUGUAGGUGUUGGGGAAUUGAUUGAGUUGAGAAUGUUAAUGAUAUGUUAUGCAGUGUUUUCUUCUGCAGUUGUGUUCUUGUUGUUGCUAUGUGAAUGCGAACGGAAAUUAUCGAUAUUACACGUUACUGCUACUUUGCAACGUCUGUCUUUGUGUUACAUGGACGCACGUACAUCUGCACAACAUGAAUGUAAAUCCUCGCACUAUUCCAUGUCCAGUAUGAUGACGAUCAGCCGUUGAUGGUUUGAGUGAUAAAUAGGAGAUGUCAUUCUCACACCUUUGUUGUUUUGUACUUUACCUCUUAUGGCAUUAUUCUUUCCUUCUAUCCACCAGAAGCACAAGAAACCAAAUUUGCUUUUUCGUCUGUAAUUAUAUUCUCCCGUCAUAACGUUAAGGCAUUGUGUUGCCUGUUUGAUGCGUGUGUACCAGGAGGCAUUACCCAUAACUAACUGGCUUAUUGGUGGUUUGUGGUCCCAGCAUUGUUAUAAAAAGUUCACAUUAAGAAAAAGCUUUAAUGAAUGGAGUGUUGGUAGUGUUAUUAACCGACUAAUAACCACAUCCAGAAGCCUCUCUCUGGGGUUGCCUAAUCUCUUCUAGCUAUUAUGACUCACUCUUGCAGUGUUGUGUGUGUGUGUGUGUGUGUGUGUGUGUGUGUGUGUGUGUGUGUGUGUGUGUGUGUGUGUGUGUGUGUGUGUGUAUAUAUGUGUGUGUGUGUGUAUAUGUGUGUGUGUAUAUAUAUGUGUGUGUGUGUGUGUAUAUGUGUGUGUGUGGGUGUGGGUGUGUGUGGGUGAUGACGAAGGCCUCACAGAGAUAUCACAGUCAUGGUGUGGACAGACUUCCUUCCCUUCUAUAACUUUGUUUAAGUGGUUCUAAAUUAAGUUUAUGGUUUUAUCUAGUCUUUUUUCCAUGGUUCCCAUUAGCUUAUUUUUAUUUUUGUAUGUGUUCUGUUGCACAAGAAGUGUAAAAUUUAAUGACUGGUGCAAGUUGAUCCUGUGCCAGGUUUUUUUUAUGAAUAGCUCAAAACUUAAAGUUUAUGUAUAUUUAUCCAAUUGGUAUCUUGUUAAUUUUAAAUGAGAUAAAUUAUUUUUCCAGUCUUAUUCUUACAAACAUGGUGAUGUUCAUAGAUGGAUAUGUUAUUGUUUGUCAUAUUAAUGCAAACUUACAACUAACUAAGCUUCAUCUUUAUGAGGGAAUAAUUUUUUUCCUGUUGUAUGUUCCACACAGCAAUAAUCAACAAUGUCAAAUAAGUAGAUCCCAGUUUGACAAAAGAUGCAAUAUUAAUGAAUAUAAGAAGUUAAGGAGUUUGUGUUGAUGUGUAUACAUUGUAUGUAUGUUUGUAUAUACACAGAAGCCUUGCUAAUCUACCAUUUUAAAGCAAACAUUACUAGAGAACUACUCUAGUCUGUACUAGGGUGGUCAGACUGGAAUAAAGUUAGAAUAACUGUCUCAAAAAGUGUAGAACACUAAAACAGUCAUGGCUCUAAAAGAGAUGUGGUGAACAGAAAACUGCUCUGGUCAGAAAUAUUUUGUAACAUGAAAUUUAAAUAUGAUGAUAAUGUAAAAAGAUGAAUAACAUUUUACCUGAUUUGAAAUAUCAUAAACUCAUUAGCUUGUCUUAGGGAAGCAAUGGGAAAGGUAUCACCAGACCAUACAGAUGAGUCUCAGAACAGCACAGAGAUAUGGCAUGGAUGGGAGGCUCAGGAAGCACCUCUAGAUGCAAUGUUGACUCUUGGAAAUAUAAUCAGAGAAGCUUUAGACUGUAGUUUAAAAAAAUUGUCACAGAAAAAAAAGAAAUAAACAAAAGCAUACCAUCUGCCAUGAGAUGAGCAAGAUGUCACACACUUGUCAUAAAAUGUGUUAAAUAUGAAUGUGUGUGUUUAUAUUAUUUGUUUUCCCUAUCUAACCAAGUCUUUUGAUCUGGCUAGCAAGGCUUCAUAGUUUAUAAAUACAGACAUACAUUUUUUCUUUAAUAAAUGCAGGUCAUAAAAUUUAUCCUUGAUCAGUUUUUGUACAAUUUAAGAUUACAUUUUUGGCUCCUUGGGGCCAGUUUACUCUGUAUAUGCAACUUCUAAGUAGACUUAGCAUUGACUAGGGCAAUAUGAGACAGGCCAGGGUGGUCCAGGGAGCACAGUGGCCCUGUCACUCCCUGCCUGGUGGCCAUCAGAAGUACAAGUGAAUCCAUCCAUUGUACAGCUGGCAACACUCCAGCUGGUACUCACGUCAGUCUAAAACUCCUACUCUUAACAUUACUCUUACAGUAUUUGUUGUACUAUCUAAUAACUAGACGUCUGGCCUAGGUAUGGCUUUGUUAAGACCUACAUUAACUCUUGAUGCAAAAUUUAGCAAGUAAUUAAAAUUUGUGAAUGUAGUUUUGUCAAAAUUUCUUGAAUUUAAAGUGGACAACAUGGAUUGUAUUACAAUUAAGAAAUAUGCUAUGUUGAUCAUACUUCUACAUAGCAUGCAGAAUGUAUUCACAAAUAAUUGCCUUGUAUACCACUAUUGUAAGUCAUCCAUGCACAUCACCAUGCUGCCGUUGUUGUAAGAGUUGAAGGAAUGUCAUUUCUUUCUUCCUUUCCCUUAUAAGUUUACCUGAAGAGUGACUGACUAGUGAUUGCUAUCUGAGAGACCUUGUAUAAUGAAACUGAAAUGCUGUAAUAUAGGAACACUGUUUGAACAUAGCUGUAUUACUGGGCUUCUCCUACCUAUAGCCUGUAGUUUUAUAUUUUUAAACCCCUUUCAGAGAUACUACACACUCCAUGGAGAUACUACUGUUAGGUACAGCUUAGUUACCUUAGUUCCUGCAUGCAUCCUUUUAUUUUGUGAUGACUAAUGUUGUAGUGUUAAGACUCCCAGACCAGCCAAGCCUUGCCCACUGCUUCCUGUCCCACCACCUCACCUCCAGUGCAUGAUGGAAGCCGUGCUUGUCCCCAACCCUCGUCACAGUUUCUACUUUGCCCAUCCCAUAAUGUAGACUAAUGGAGAUGAUUUGUUGGGCAGUUUAUUUUCUUAUUUAUUUAGUGGGCUGGCUAUGAUAUUAUUUCUCUUCCAUCAGUUUUAGCACUACAACUUUGAAUGUCACUAAUAUUUUGAUACAACUCAAGUGAACUCUACUGUAAAUAACUCUGAGGGCCUAAGGCUGUGGGCCAGUGUAACAAUGUAACAGUGUAAUACAAUCAUCAGCUGUGGUCAUCAGUUUGUUACUUUGUCACCUGCGUUGUAUUCGGAUCAUGCUUGUUUUGGACGCCUAUUGGUUGACUUCUUGAGAAAUUCAUUUACAUAUAUUUACGUUUAUGGAAAUUUACUCUGAAAGGUUUAUGUGAGGUGAUCAUUAUUAUACAUAUUAUAUUUCCCAUUCUGAAUUGUUUGCAGACCUUAUUUCCUGUUGACUUUAAGCUUAAUGUUGCCUUCAGCCAACAUAUGUUUGUAACACAGCCUAUUCAGGUAACCAACACAGUGUAUUAUAGUGUUUCAGUAUGUAUUAAUGAUUGAUAUAUAUAUUAUAUAUAUAUUUAAAUUAUAGUAAUACUGUAUCAAUACCAAGUGCCCAUAAUAAAGAGAAUAUCAUGAUGUAA